GAGAAGUAGAGUUUCGAGAGCGAGGCGGAGGAGUAGGAGUAGCAGUAGAGUAGAAGUGGAGUUUUAAAUACUUCGAUCGGAGUUGGAGAAGUAGGGAAUAAUUAACUUGGAGCUACAGAUUGAUUGAUGGCGGAGGCCUUGAUGUGCCACGCUUGUGGCAACGUGGGGUUAGACAGCUGCAAUGACGGUUUCUAUUACUGCCUCCGAUGUGGCUCUCAAGCCGAAGACAUCGUAGAGACAGGCGUCGCCGACGAAGACUUCUUGGACAAAGGCGAUGCUCGUGGUGCUAUUUACACAGCUGGUCACCGUCGCCAUAAAUUCCAACGUCAGACGGUUAUCAAAGUUGAACCCUUGUCUCAGUCUCAACCCCCUUAUUAUCAAACCCCACACACUCAACAGUCCCAGUUUUGGAAAUCUCUAGGCCUAUCUGAAGAACACCCUAUCCAUAAGGCUGUUAUCAAGAAGGAAGAACCGGAUUAUGAAGAAAUGAGGCCCUCUGUGCCCAACGACUUUGCUUCCACUUCUAGAGGCUUGAGUCCGGAGGAUUAUUACUCUCAGGUUAGGGUUAGGUAUGUUAUGGGAAUUCAGCUUAUGAUUCAAUUCCAAUGUCAGGCUCUAGUCGAGAAAUUCGGUGUCAGUCCCUUGAUAUGCAGCUUGUCUGGUGUGAUUUGGCUGCGUUUAGUUGCUGUAUCUCGGGUUUUCGAUGAUGGGUGGGCUGAUGAGGCCAUGCUGGAUUCUGAGGUUCAGGCAGAAGCAGAACCAGAAGUUCACAAGCCUCGUGCUAAAUACAGUGCGGAACCUCAUAAUAUUCAUGGUCAAAGGGCAGUAAUAAUAUGGAUUAAAUCUUUGAAAAAGAAGAUACCACUGUCUUGUUCUCUAGCAGUUUCUUAUCUGGCUUGCCAUAUUGCCAGGGAGGCUAUCCUACCAACAGACAUAUUGAGAUGGACUUUAGAGGGGAAGCUUCCAUAUCUUGCUGCUUUUGUGGACAUUGAAAAAUUAUUUGGACAACCAUCAAGUGCAUGCCCAGUAAGUUCCAGAUUGAUGUUUAGACCUUCUCGAGCUGUUGGAUUGCAGAAACUAGAAUCAAUGGCAGCUUCUAUUGCUCAGUCUAUAGGCCUUCAAAUGCCUCCAGUUAACUUCUAUGCAAUAGCUUACCGUUAUCUCAAUGAGCUCUCUCUUCCUGUGGAAAAGAUUCUUCCUCAUGCAUCUCGCAUUUAUGAGUGGUUGAUGCCUCCGGAAUUAUGGUUAUCGGCAAAUGAAUUCAGACUUCCAACUCGUGUUUGUGUAAUGUCUAUAAUAAUGGUGGCAAUAAGGAUUUUAUAUAACAUCAAUGGCUUUGGGAUUUGGGAAGCAAGUUUAUCCAGUUCUGGUUGUUCCUCUUCCUCGUGCAACCAGGAGGGAAGAUUUAAACCCAUUUGCAAGUCUGCAAAGAGGAGUGACAAUAAAAAUGAGUGUUCUCCUUCUAGUGAUUCACUUAAAAUAGGUGAAGAACAGCUCAGAAGCCCAUCACGUUUUCAGAAAUCUGAAAUGGAGUUGGCAGAAUUCCUACAUGAUCUUGAAACAACAUAUGACAAGAUUUGUUACUCACAUGAGUACACAAAAGACUUGCAGACGUAUCUCAGAUAUUGUAAGGAUGUUGUCUUUGCUGGGCUAGAACCAACCAUUGAGGAUAAUGAGGAAGAGAAGAUAAUAGAGCAGCUGUGGGAUUUCUAUGAGAAGCAAGAGGAUUCUGAACCAUCAAAGGUAGCAGGGAUAGGAUGCUGUAAUGGCUUGAACCAUAAAAGAUCUAAAGAUGGAGCUGUGAGUAGUCUGCCUACAGAAAACAAGAAGCGUAGGGAAGAGGUGUGCAUUAGCAGCAUAUCCAUAGGUAACAAGAGACCUGGAGAUGAAGGUUGUACUGGUGAAAUAUCUUCAGAUAACGGAAUCUCUGAUGUGGACACUUUUACAAAGUGGAGUUUGGAUGCCAAUGAUUGUUCUCUUAGUUCACAAGAGCAAAGUUCAGUACCUGAGGGUAGUUCUUCGGCUGAGACCCUUAAAGACAAAGCCCUUAGACAAUUGAAAAUAAAUAUGGAAGAAAAUAGGUUCUAUUACAUUCCCCCAAGGGUCAACCCCAAGAGAUUUGAUUAUAUCCAUUAUGUUCGGAAGAAUGAUGGUGGGUCUCGGACUUAUGUUGCACAUGCAGAUUAUUACAUCUUGCUUCGUGCCUGUGCAAGGCUUGCUCAAGUUGACCUUCGGAAUAUGCAUGCUGGGGUACUAAAGCUGGAGAGAAGACUGGCUUGGGUUGAACAUAGGAUCGGCCACUGCUUGCAAUUGUGGUCCUCAAUGAAAGAGUCCUUAGAUGGAUGAAUUCAAACAUUAAGGGGUCUUGCACAUUGAGAUUAUUACAUGUUUCCUUUGUCUUUUCAUGAAGAUAAGUUUACAUUUGGAAUAUGCGUGCCGAAUUGUUGAAUGUCAGGACAAGGCUGGCUUGGGUUGAGAACAUCAUUCAUCCUUGUUGUGGUUGGGGGUACCUAAUGUUUCUUGUGACUUUAGUGGGGAUGUGAAGCUUCACCAAGGUCUCCCAACAAACAGCAAAGGGAAUACAGGCCCAUAAAAUCUUAGUUUUAACACCAUCUUGGAUUCUUGGCUAGCAGCUAAAGUUAUCAACCGGGUCUGACAUAGAGCACCUAUUCACCUUGAACAGCUUGAAGAAAUAUGACCAGACUGAAGUUGUAAAGCUGCAUUGAAGCAAUAGGUGAAGAACAUUUUCAUCUCCAGCAAAACACAGCACACACCUACUUGGAAACCGAUAACCUCUGAGCUUAAUGUUGUCCUGAGUUAAAAUGCACCCUCUAGCAAUCAGCGAAGCAAAGGCUUCAGCCCUUGGAGGCACUGGUUUCCCCCAGACACCCCUAACUGAUCAGCCUCCACCUGAUUUCUGAUCAGAGCCAUACACAUUGACUUGACUGUGAACUUCCCAUCCUUACACUCUUUCCAUAAUCUGCUAUCUGCAGCUGAGGGAUUGAUUUCCAAGGCCUGAAGCUUUGCCAACAGCUCCAAACACUCCACCUCCCAGUCAAAAAGGAGUCUUCUGAAGUUUGGAUUCCAAACCACAACACCACAAAUUACUUCAUAGUAUCCUGAAAUAGGCACUUCCUUCUUGCCCAGAUUGUAUAACUUUGGGCAGAUUUCACAGAAUUUCCCAACCCCGACCAACCAUCUUCCUAAAACCUUAUAAACCAUUCCCUACUUUCCAUGUAUAAAAAGGAAUCAUCAAAGAGUUAAAUCUCAUGAUCCCUUUCCAUACACUAACACCAUACGAGUGUCUCACUUCCUUUGAAUUCCACUCAAAGUUCACCACCCCAUACUUACACACCACCACUCUCCUCCAAAGGGCCUCCCUUUCUCUCCCAAACCUCCAAAUCCACUUCCCCAAUAAAGCUUUGUUGAGUAAUCCUACCCUUCUCACCCCUACACCUCCAUCUUUUUUAGAUCUGCACACCACGUCCCAUUUAACCAAGUGAAACUUCUCUCUCUCAGCCCUAACAUUCCACAAAAAUUCCUCUGAAUGCUCUCAAUCUCUCCCACCGCAACAGCUGGAGCCUUUAGUAAAGAUAGUAAAAUGGCAGGUUUGAGAGAACACUUUUUAUCAAGGUUAUUUUCCCCGCACAGGACAGGAAUUUCCCCUUCCAGCCCGCCAAUCUUUGAUCAAUUCUGUCUAAAACAGGUUGCCAGGUAGAUGCAGAAGCAGCCCUAUCCCCAAUUGGAAUUCCAAGAUAAGAAAAAGGAAAUUCCCCAACCAGACACCCCAUGGCCCUAGCACAAUCUUCAGGCACCGGCUGCUCUAUAUCUCCCACCCCUAUCCUUGUGCUCUUACUUAAAUUAAUCUUAAGUCCAGACAGUAAUUGGAAACACUUGAGAUUACUUCUUAGAGAAUAGGCCUGCUCAACUGAUGCACCCAUGAAUAUUAAGGUGUCAUCAGCAUAUUGCAAGUGCGAGAUGGAUGAUCAAAUCUUCACUUCCAACCCUGAACCCAAAAAUCAGCCCCACUUCCCUUCCCUUUUAUCAAUCAACUUGCUCAAAACUUCCACCACCAACACAAACAGAAAAGGGGAGAGGGGAUCCCCUUGCCUUAAACCCCUUGAAGAACCGAAGAACUCAUUUGUUUAAUAUUCCCAAAGUCAAUUUUUUGUCGUGCUGAGUCAGACUACUGAAAAUGUGUCUGGUUCUGGUUCUCACAUCCUGUUUAGGCUGACUAAGAAGUUUUUCUAUCAUUGUAAGUGCCAUUUCCUUUUCAUUCAAAUUUGGUAAAAUGUGUAAGGUGUAAGUCAAGUAAAGUAAAUUAAUAUACAUAUUUAAAAGGUAAAUCACUGUUUGUAAAACCGACCUAAAACUAGAACUGCUUUUCUGUUUGGGUGGUGGUUUAGUGGUUUAAUUGUAUUGCAUCAAAUGUGUUCAUUCAUUCAUCCUAUUUUCUAAUGUUGUUCA